AUGUCCACACCGGAUAAGGGGGAAUCCAGCGAUCCCGCGGACAGCUCCAACAUGCGGUGGCAAUUCAUCGAUGCUUCGAAUAAUAGUCGAAGCAACCUGACACAGGUCAAACGUCAUGUGAUGCAAGAGUAUAUGCGCCAGAAAAAAGGCAAUUCACGGAACAGUGAGAGCGAGGAAGACAAUGGCCCCCAAAAACGCGGGCGGCCCAAGAAGACCCGCGGUGCAAAGCGCAAGGCGGCCAAAGAUGCAACAGCCAAAGAUAAAGAUUCAGCUCAUCACAAUCUUUCGAAUAACAAACACGCUCCUCCUUUGGAAAAAGAUGCGCCCGCCGAUAUAGAAGAAGUCGUGCGAGAUUGGCAACCUGGGGUCUCUGCGCCCUCCGGCUUUUCGGCUGUAACUCUGCCUUUCCGUACAUCGCCCAUUCAAAGCCUCCGAUCACCUGGUUUAGGCUCCAUCUCCCCGCAGAGCCAGAGUCAAUUAUGGGACCUCGGCAGCGUUUCAUCAUGGUCCUCAACGCCUCAGACACCUCUAGACUUUGUCCGAUCUCCAAAGACUCUUCUCAGUGCUGCUCGGACAGACCCAUUCAACUCUCUUCCCAUUGAACUAGAUCUGGAAGGCCAGAAGCUAUUCGAUUUCUAUGUGAAUGAUAUGCCUGCAUGCUCCUAUGGAACACAUUUCCGAUCGCAAAAGGCGCAUAACUGGUAUACCCAAGUGUUUGUCCCAGAGGGGAUGAAAGGCGCCGUGGCAUUCCAGAACACCAUUCUAGUACAUGCUGCAAACACUUGGGCUUGGGUCCGCAAUGAGACCGAAACUUCUACUACCCUCGUACACCGAGAUCGGGCUGUUAGUAUGCUUCGAGACCAUCUUUCGAAAAACCCGCGAGACAACUCCGAUGUUGCCAUUAUCUCUUGUCUGAGUGCUGCAGCUUUGGAAGAUUUUGAUCCGCGACCUGGCCACAAAGAAAUCAGCUGGGUUCAUAUGCGCGCGGCUCGCGAAAUGAUACGUUCACGGGGCGGCCCGGAUGCAUUUGCGAAUACUCGGCUCGGAAUGCUUAUCAAUUGGCAGGAUUAUAUCCUGUCGGGGUACGAAACCCAUGGGCCUAGCUUCUUUUUCGAAAAGGAGGCCUCCCACUCCAUUCCCUUGCCCGAACCUCCGGCCUCUUCUCGUUCCUCUGAGAACAUCCAAUCGAUGCCCUCUCCCCCUCACUCCAUUUCCUCUGCCUUGUCCGAUAUCAGCCCAUGCCCGGAACCAAGUUUCGCUGUUGUACCGACUCCCAAUAUUUCUCCGAUUGAUGAGAUCAGACUACAGUGUGAAGAAUUUCUUCACUUCCUGCGCCGCUGCGAACAACUCGCCCUCUAUCAACGAGAUAAUCCAAAAGCAUGUCACAUUGCUCGCUAUACAACAGUGCACGAGACCUCUCUGCUGUUCCAAAUACUAGCUGCUCCCCCCGGUGCACGAUUUACAUCAUCAGGAGACCGGAAGCAAAUGGUCGCCCGCCUCACGGCUUUGAUUAUGCUCAAUGCCGCUCUGUGGGACUAUAGAUACUCCUCCGUCCACACUGGGUCCUUCCUUCAGACCCUUGAGGAGGCCAUGGUUGACAGUGAGGUUAGCAUGAGUGGUUCUGUCGAGGCUAUCCUCCAGAUCCUCCUUGAAUGCAAUGAUGGCAGCCCAAGUGAGUGGGUUGCCGGAGAAGGCGGUGCCGUGUCCCCAAUUUUAGCCGAGCAGGCCCCAAAUUUCGAACAAUAUUCUCCGACUGCAACUUCUCCCUUCGCGCGACCUUGGUUUGCCGGUCGUAUGCUGAAAAUCUGCAAGCGGCUAGGCCCUGAGAGCUGGCAUCGCAUCAGCGACUUCCUCUUUACGUGUUUGACACUUCGAGUCUUUCAACCGUCGGUCUACCUUUGGGAGGCUGAUCUGCGUCAAGAAGUUCUUGAUGCACCUCUGACAAGCUAUAUUAUGCCUUCACUGAUCGGAUGA